AUGACGACGCCAAUGGCCAACAAGGCCGCCGGGAGCCUGGUCUCCAUCACCAAGAAACACACGGUCCAGUCCUCCGGUCUGUGGGAAGCCUUCCGCCGUCUCUUUGCCAUUGACCCCAACCGGUCCAAUGGUGUCCCCCUCAACCCAACCUACCGAAACCCUCCGCCUGGCUCGAACGAUCCCAUCGCCUACGAUGAUCCCGUUACCGUGCCGGCUGGCGACAUCGCCGACAACCCGUACUGGAAACGCGACAACCGCCGCUCCUAUCCUGCUCUCAGCGUCGUGAGCCAGGGUGAUGUCGUCGGCCUGCUGAGUGUUGGCAGCGCCGCUCAACCCAAGGUUGAGCUCAUCGGCGAGGCGGGCCAGAAGCAGCUUGUCGAUGUGAAGGAGCAAGGGCAGACUGGUCUGGCGGCGUACGCGAAGAAGUCGCCGGGCGACAUGGCCAAGGAUAUGUUUGUUGGCGGACUGCCACCCACACCGAGCGGCACGAGCUUGAACGGGACGCAGUGGGGAGUGUACAAAUACGAGCUUACAGAGAGGUCGUAUCCCGAUGGUUACCCCUGCCGCAUCUUCAAGUAA